ACAGCUGUCCCACAUGGCCCACAGCAGCGAUCAAUACACAUCUCUGAACUCUCCAGAGGAGAACGACGAAACCAGCAGCCAAGAGUUUGAGUCAGACAUCCUUCUCAAUCAUUCCACAACCGUCCCACAACCUACGCACAACGUUCACCAGCGCACCAAUGCCAUCUUCUCUCAUCAGCAUCCGCCUCCAUCGUUGACCCAUCAGACGCCGUUCCCCAGUUGGGUCGAGCUGAGGGCUUCUCCUCAAAGUCUGCCAUCAGCGCUCUACCACACGCUUUCAGACAGCGGCUCGUUUUUUCCCAGCAGGCCUCACUCUCUGCCUGGCAGCUGUAGCCCGAGUCUCGUGAGUCUGGAGCAUCCCAGAUCUCUGCACUCAUUCUUGCAUUCAGGGGACUUUUACCAUCAUCAGCCGCCGCUGCCGUCAUAUCCUGACACGUACAUGCGUCCACCGUGCUGCACUCAGUGCCGUCCAGCACCACAACAACAGAUCUACAGACCCUCAGGACUGACGCAGUACAGACAAGUGGACACACACUUUUCUGAAAAUGCCCAUGCACCAUUAAACUCCAGACCGGCGGCCAAUCAGAGCAUCACACACCUGCCACAGGAACAGAGAAAAGUGUUUGUGACAUACGAGGCGGACAGUGAAGAGCAUCUGAAGGAGAUCAUCAAGUUUGUGUCUCUGUUGAGGAACAACGGCUUCGACACACACAUCGAUGUUUUCGAGCAGCAGCUCAACAGCAUCAGUAAAAUUGACUGUAUGGAGAGAUAUCUCAAUGAGAAAGAUUACCUGAUCAUCAUCAUCAUCAGUCUGAGAUAUUAUGAGACGAUCUGCAGCGGAAACAUCAGCGUGGAGAGCGACGAGAGGACCAGCAACACUGUGUACAUCCACAAGCAGCUGCAGAGCGAGUUCAUUCAGAACGGCUGCAGGAACUACAGGUUCAUUCCUAUCCUGUUCCCGGGGGCCAAAAAGUGUUACGUUCCAGCAUGGCUCCAGAACACACACGUGUACAGCUGGCCGGCGGACCGCGAUGAUAUUCUGCGCAGGUUAAUGAGAGUGGAGAAGUACAGGCCUCCACCGGUGGGAUCCCUGCCUGCUAUCUUCUCCAUCCCACUGUAGAGGAAAACACACACACACACACACAUGCUAUACACACACACACACACUUUUCUUAUUUGGCAUUGUAUUCAGGUUGUGAGCAGGGUUUAACUGAUUUUAUUUGUCUAUUUGACCCCAUAAUUAAAGGGAAAGUUAAUGUAAAUAA